GCAACGUUCUCUGACGCGGAGGCGGAACUUUUGUUAUCUGAAAAUGAAGAUAUUUAUUAUUUUAAAACGAGGAUGCGGAUAGUAUUUUCACUGCGGAUACUCCACAGAUACAGAUGAGGAGGCAGAUAUCCGAUACUAGUCUAUAUGUGGUGUUUUAACUCUCCAUAGCGUGAUGUAAGCUAAUAUACUUCCAGGUCUAAGUAUUACAACCUAGUCUUGUAGCACACUCAUCAUUCUUUCGUGAUUAUUAUUAUUAUUAUUAUUAAACAUAACGGAGAAGGCAGAGUGGGACGAGCGCAAGCGCUAUAAGUUGCCAGAUGACAACCCCCACCCACCUUGACCGUAGAAAGAAGAAAGGAAAAGCAAUUAGCACAAUAGUAGGAUGAAAUCAGAGCAGGAGGAGAAAAUAGGUUAAACAAUUAUAAAGAACGCCUCAACGAACUGAGAAUUAUUAAAACUCACAAAAAAAUUCAACAAAAAAAAUCAACAAUUCUGACUUAUUUAAUAUAUGUCAGACAACACGAGUAAAUGUAGUAUAACUACUUAAAACUUGAUGGUAUAAAAUCACAGGUAUAGUUACAUAAUUUAUCACCGGUAUAGCUGCAAAAGCAACCAGAGUUUAAUUGACUAGACUCUUCAAGAUUUUGUUCGAAGCAGACUUGAAUUUUUGCACAUCACUCGCAGUGCAUGUGCCCUCGUCAAGCAUGUUCCAAAGUCUUACAGCACAAGGAACAAAGCUUCGCUGAAACUGACUGGUGUGACACCUAACCUGCUGUAAGCAGCGCGCAUGUGAAUUUGACGCAAGUCGAGUGUUUCUGGUGGGCACAAAUGCAUUUGGGAUGGAGGCAUUCAGCGGGUGAAGCUGGUUGGCAUGGAUCUUAUUAUAGCAUGCAGACACUGCUGACAUUGCGUCGGUGACCAAGAUCCCAAGCUGCUUCGCCACCACAGAGGAACCUAGCGGAGGAGACAACUCUGUCAAUGAGACGGAGGUGGGACACAGCAGCGGAAGACCACACAGGAGCACAAUAUUCCAGCAGUGGAAGAAUAAAACACCGGAAGCAGCUGGCAGAGAUAGACUGGUCACCAAAAAUCCGGUAAGCCUUCCUCACAACGCCAAGCUUUUGCGAGGCAGAACUGACAAGACGCCUGAUGUGCCGUUCAAAAGACAGUUUUGAGUCGAAUCUGACACCCAAAAUAUCAAGCUCAUCACAUACUGUCAGAGGCGCGCCAUCAACAAGCAGAGGGCCGUGAAGGGGAUUUAGCGUGCGAGAGCGUGAAAUACACAAGCAUUUUGAUUUUGAUGCAUUCAUUUUCAUGUUCCAGGUGCGACACCAGUCAGAUAUACGUCUGAGAUCCUCAUUCAGGGAUGUACUAACAUCAAGACGUGAAUUCGGUGACUCAACAGUAGCAACAAGUGUCACAUCAUCUGCAUAUCCGUAAAUAGGAUUGCUAGUGAUUUGUAGUAGAUCGGAAGUGUAGACAUUGAACAGCAGAGGUCCCAGUACGCUACCCUGGGGAACACCUGAGUGGACGCUGUACCAGUCACUGUAGCAACUAUCAACGCACACACGGUGGGUGCGGUGGGUCAAAAAUUGAGUCAAGAUGGACAGUACCGGGCCACCGACACCAAAAGAUUGCAGCUUCCUGAGAAGACCGGCAUGGUUGACUCGGUCAAAAGCUGCAGAGAAAUCAAGUUGGACUACCCUGGCUUCAUGCCCACAGUCAAGAGCUUGCUGAAUCUUAUGAGAGAUAAAACCGAAUGUAAGGACAAAUGGCGCCACCUGAGAAGCAACUUCAUGAGGGAAAGGAGAAAGAUUAGUGCCAAAACAUCUGGAUCAGGUAAUACCGAAACAAGGAAGUGGGUGUACUAUGAUGCCAUGCAAUUUCUGAUCCCUCAUGUGACGCCACGACCAACAUCUUCAAACGUCCCUACACCUCCUGAUGAAGACACCUGUCAUGAAGCGGAAGAUGCACCUCAAGACUCUUCACCUUCUGUUGUCAUCGAAACACCAGACAAUGUAUCUCCUCAAGAAGCAGCAAGUAAUACCGAAACCUGUGAGGACCGCAGUACUGCCAAGCCUAUUCUUCCCAUGUCAAAGAAGACCAGUGUCACCAAGAAACGCAGCAGGGAUACUGCAGAUGAGAUAGAUGUGCGUUUUCUAGAAGAAUUAAAGCUACUGAGAGAACAAUCGUCUACACAAAAUGUUACUGAUCCAGAUCACCAGUUCCUAUUAAGCUUACUGCCUAUGAUGAAAAAACUGUCGCCAAGUGACAACAUGGACAUCAAAAUUGAAAUAUAUGAAACCUUUCGUAGAAAGAUGUUUAAACCCGCCCCCACUAUCCAGUAUGGCUAAUGGACUUAUCAGAAUCAGUCAUAUACUCCCUCACCAUGUACAUCCAAUGUAAGUGAUAGUUACUCAGAGUAUACUAACAUCUGAGAAAUAGCUUAGAAUUUCAUGUUUUCGAGUUGUACCAUUCACUUACCAGCAGGAAUACAUGAGCUGUCUUUAUGUUAUAUUUAUUUACUAUUGCCCUACACAGAAGCCUAAUGGAAUGAUUAUUGUAAUGUUCAAUAAAAUACUUCUUACCUUAAAAAAA